CGUUGCCAUGACAUGCCCACACAACAGCGUAGUAGAAUUUGGCGGGAGCCAACUGUCGUAAGCAAUAAACAUUUCCGGCUUUAACUAGUCGGUGGCCAAAGCUCCCCCCUGGCUUGUAGGAGACGGGCCAGCGCCUUUCCCAUGCCUCCUUAUAUUUUAUAGCGCCAAAAUACAUCCACGAAGAACCAGAAGAUCAUUGUUUCUACGCUAUCUGCUUUUCUCGGAGGAGGAAUUUACUUUUCCAGUGCAGCAAAACAAGGAAGAUUGAUAGUUUUGGUUCAGAUUGGGAACCACAUAUAUUAGGGGUGUGAAGAGGAAGAUUGGCGAAACAGACCCCAUGACAGAAGCAGCUUCAGUCUCUUCCCUCUGCUCUCCUGUAUCCCCUGUAACUGGUAGCCUUUCUGUUUCUACUUCAAAGAUGACACGUUCGCCGGUAAAAGUAGCAGAGAUUACAGGAAGUUGGCUUCAAACUGUUAUUUCUCCGCUUCCUUCGAAACCAUCUGCAAAAUUGGAGCAAAUGCUAGUAGUUCAUGGUCAGAGUAUAGUUGAUGAGGUGAUAAGGAGAGCAAAUAUUCUAGUGACGGCCUUGUUUCCUACUAGUAGAUUUGAUCAGCGAUUUAUCUCGACUCUGUACCGUAUCAACUUGAUCGAAAGCUCAUGGUCUGAGCAGAGACGCAGCCAAGCUCUCAAGUUAUAUUACAGAGUUUUGGAAGCUGUUUGUGAAUCAGAAGCUCAAAAGUUGAACACCAAUGAUUUGAGUGGAUUACUGGCUAAUGAGAGGUUUCAUAGAUGCUUGCUUGCUUGUUCCGCUGAACUAGUUUCUGCAAUGCAAACAGGAAUCAGUAUGCUGCUUCCUCUGAUUUUCGAGAGAACAGGAAUAACAGCUUUUGAUCUGAGCAAAGUGAUUGGGACUUUCAUCACACAUGAACAAUCACUUCCUAGAGAAUUGAGACGGCACCUGAAUUCUUUGGAAGAGCAGCUGUUAGAGAGCAGAGUGUGGGAAAAAGGUUCUUCUUUAUAUGAUUCUUUAAUUGUUUCAAGACCAGCCCUUUCUGAUGAAAUUUAUAGACUUGGGCUACUGGCUGCACCCAUGCCAUCACUAGAUACUAUUGCCUUGCAUUAUACUGGUUCUUAUGGUGGCUUCCCUUACCCAACUAUCUUGCAUAAUCACAAUUUGUCACCAGUGGAGGAUAGAGACACUAUUAUCCGUCGGAAGAGACCUUGUAGCGAGCAUGGUGAUAAGGGGCUAAACCACAUUUCUCCUAAAUCACAAAAAAUAGAUAGUCCGCCAGCUUUUCGAGAUCUGCAAUCCCAGGCAGCACCAGCAUCGCCAUCUUUGCAAAAUGCAAUUUUGAGCCCAACACAGUCAAAUCCACAACAUGGAGGGGGUGCAUGCUCAGAUACAGCAAUCAGUAUUCUUUUCAGUAAGAUGACAAAGUUAGCAGCUAUCAGAAUCCAAUGUAUAGCCGAAAGGCUAAAACUAUCUCAACAGUUCAGGGAGAAAAUCUAUUUUCUCUUUCAACAGAUCCUUACUCAAAGGGCUUCUCUUUUCUUUAACCGACAUAUAGAUCAGAUCAUCCUCUGCUGUUUCUAUGGGGUGGCAAAGGUAUCUGAAGUAGAGCUGACUUUUAAACAAAUCAUUGACAAUUAUAAGAAGCAACCACAAUGCAGAUCUCAAAUUUAUCUUUCUGUGUCCAGCAAUCAUGAGAAAAAUGGGGGACAAUAUGUUGGGAUAAUCGCAUUUUACGAAAAUUUUUUUGUUCCAAAUGUCAAGUCUUUAUUGGAGAUUCUCCAUGCAAAAACACCAAAACAACUUCCAGAGAUUAAUCAUAAUGAUGAUUCUCCCAGUCUACACCAAAUGUCUCCAUUUCCAAGCCUUCCAGACUUUUCUCCAAAGAAAGUGUCUCCAUCACAGAAUGUCUACCUGUCCCCAUUACGACCAUCAAAGAGGGAUGCUUUGAACUCAAAUAUAUUGACUAAAAGCUACUAUGCUUUAUUUGGAGGGAGCACUCGGCGUCACGAAAGUCCAUCGAAACAACUUUCAGCUAUCAACAAGCGCUUGAAUAGGGCCCCGAAGGCUAGGUGCAUGCUCAAAUUUGACAAUAGUGAUGCGGUUAUGAUUAGUGAUAGUGUUGUGGCUGAGAGUUUAUCCCUUCAAAAUAAUUACCCUGCUUCCUCAGGUGUUGUGCCUUGAUGUUCGUGCUCAAAAUCUCAGCAAGUGGAAGUCCCAACAAUGUUGAGCUCUUAUCCAUCAAAAAAGAAGAAGAAAAAAAAUACAGUUCUGCUGCCUCGUGUAAAUUUGCUAGCCAGCACAAUAAGCUUAAAUCAAUUAUAUAAUCUAUAGAAAUAAUAUAUCAUAAAAUUAUAAACUAAAAUCAAUGGUCAAGCCAUAUAAGGAAAGUAACUCUCCCCAUUAUUAUAAAUUUCGUAUUGGAUUUGAAAUUCCUGUAUAAAAUCUAUGCACUUGGUACCCCUAUUAGAAUUGAUGUAAAUGGUAAGGUUUACUUCUGCUUC